UACAAACGGAACGGAUAACUGAGGAGCUGGUAGCGCGCAUGGCGCAUGACAGGACGCAGGAUUCAUACGGCGAGCUGUACACAGCGGUGACGUUGCGCACGGCUGGCCUGACGUGGCCUGCCUUCGACCGCUACGAGAACACGCCAACGCGCCGCGCGUCGGGUCUGUUCGUGCGCUGUAAUCUCGCUCUCCCAGCCACGCCUGCGCGCGCAGUAUCUGACACGAGCUGUCACGCACGUGCACCUGACAAGGACUUGCCAUGCUGCCUCGCUUUCGAGGGCCCCUCCGCCCCACCACGCGACAAAAACAACAAUCCUGGCACAUGGCCGCCCUUCUCCUCUUUUAUUUAUAUAAUCCCCAACUUCCUCCACUGCAUCAUCGCCGCCUACGUCGACGCUAUUAUACUCAUGGAUACUGCCGGGCCACGGAUGCGUCUUCGGCCUGCGGCCGCGCUGGGCCGAGGUCGCCGAGGAGGGAAAGGUGGGAAAGGGCGACACGGGCACGGCAUAGAGAGGAGGAGGGUGAGGGAGCUCAGGCGGCUGGUGCCGGGCGGGCGCCGUUUGCCGGAGGACCAGCUGUUUGUGCGCACGGCGGAUUACAUCUUCCGCUUGAGGCUGCGAGUGGAGGUGUUGACAGCGCUCUACAAGGUGUACAUGCCAUGAUUUAGUAUAUAUAAAGACGAAUACGUUCGCAAGCGCCUCGCCAUCACAACCCAGGGCCAAAUAUAUUGGCGUAUGUAUAUAUUUACUGGAUGCUGUUCACUACUGUCAAAUUGUACUGCAAGCAAUUAUCGACUAUUUUCUUGCAAUAUUGUCCAUACAGUUUCAUGUAUUUUGGAUAAUCUAAAUUCUGUCUAAACUAUACGAUCAAAUUAAAUAACUUUGUUGUAAACUAUA